AGCGGUAGAGCCAUUUUUACUGUUGAGUAACUGCAUGCUGGUCUAGCAGUGUGAGAGAGGGUGAACGUGAGGAAUAAAAUACGACCCCAGGAUCUUUUUGGAUCACUCUUUCUGGUCUUGUCGACUUUUCGUCUUUGUAGACCUCUUGCUUGUUGGUUGUGUCCACUUUUUUUGGGGGGGGGGAGGCCCCUCAGAGGACACACAAUGGAGCGAAGAGCCUGUGGCAACUGGGCUGUUGUACUGCUGACUGGGGGAUGGGGUGGAGAGAGGACCGGUUCACACAGCUAACAGAGCCUGCUGGCUGUAGGUUUCCAACAGCCUCUCCUUCCUGCCUUGUCACACUCUUUCCAGACCGGGCUUCUUUUCCUGGAACAACCACUCUGAAACUCUUCCUGGUCUACAGAUGGGAUUACUCACCAUGUCUUGUGGACAAAUCAUUGAUUCCGAGGAAUGAAUGGGUUUGGAAUAACCAAGAGAGAAAAAGAGUAACUUCUUAACGAUUCUCCUGUGGCCUUGUUGGUUUCUGUUUCUGUUUGCUGGAACUGAUAAAUGGACUACAAGAUGCAUUCAAAGUCAAACGACUUACUGGAUUUUCAAAAACUGGAUGCCCUCCUGGAAAAAAUUGCACAUUCAGUCUCUGUGAAAAGAGAUUCCAGUGAGGAGUGCAAUGGGAUCAGUGGUACUCUGUCAGUGGAGUCUGUGCCGGGGCCAAGACUAAACUGGUGUUCUGCCAACACCACAACCCUUGCUCCAGCUCCCGCUCUGGGACCUGAGCCCACGCCUAACCCUGUCAGAAUGGGAGACGGCCUGGAUACUGCGCAGAUGUCGGGCAGCAGCCUGGGGCAGGCUCAGCAAAUGGGCAAUCCCCCGCCCCCGGAGUAUUUUAACCUCAACAGGCCGAAGCGCCAGACCAACCAGCUGCAGUAUCUACUCAAAGUGGUUGUGAAAUCCCUCUGGAAGCACCAGUAUGCCUGGCCUUUUCAAUCACCAGUGGAUGCCGUUAAACUUAACCUGCCUGAUUACUACUCUAUAAUUAAAACACCUAUGGACAUGGGAACAAUCAAAAAAAGACUCGAGAACAGCUACUACUGGAAUGCCCAAGAUUGUAUUCAGGACUUCAACACGAUGUUUACCAACUGCUAUAUAUACAACAAGCCUGGAGAUGAUAUAGUGUUAAUGGCUGAGGCCCUUGAGAAGGCUUUCCUUCAAAAGGUUGCAGAAAUGCCUCAAGAAGAAAUAGAGAUCCCGGUCAUGACAGGAAAGGGACGUGGCCGAGGCCGGAGAGAAGGUGGUUUACCCUUGAAACCAGGCGCCAUCAUCGAUUCUUCGUCCACGACUCCACAAACGCGUGGCCUGUCAAGUCUCCCAGCAGCUCCGCCGGCUCCAAGACCAAUGCAGGCCCCACCUUUGCUACCUCCCCAUCCUUCAAUGCAGGCUCUGCCCCCCCAUGUGCCCCAAACGUUACCCAGCCUCGCACCGCAGCACGGAGCUCCUUACACUAUGGUUCAGUCAGACUGUGUUCCCCAACUACCUAUCAUGACUUCUGUGCCUCUCCCCACUCAGACCUCUCUUCCUCCAGUAUCGAUUCAGAACGCUGCACCUAUUCUGCAGAGCCCUAUAACUAUGACCAAACAAAAAAAGAGCCAAAAAAGGAAAGCGGACACUACAACACCUACAGCAAAUGACCAGCUAUGCGAGUCUUCGCCUGCAGAAUCUAAGUCCGGAAAGACAUUGCCCAGGCGGGAGAGCAACCGGCCGCCGAAACUGUUAAAGAAGGAGGCUCCAGACUCUCAGCAUCACAUAGGCAUGGUAACAGGUCUGAGUGGACCGAGUGGAGGUCUUAGCCCCAAACCGCAGGAUCAGCUGGGUUACUGCGCCGGUCUGGUUAGGGAGAUGCUAUCCAAGAAACACGCUGCUUACGCUUGGCCUUUUUAUAAACCCGUCGACGUGGACGCACUGGGACUACACGAUUAUCACGACAUCAUCAAGCAUCCAAUGGACCUCAGUACCAUCAAGGCAAAACUGGAGACAAAGCAAUACCGAGAACCCCAGGAGUUUGCUGCUGAUGUAAGGUUAAUGUUUUCCAACUGCUACAAGUAUAACCCGCCAGACCAUGAAGUAGUAUCCAUGGCCCGAAAGCUACAGGAUGUGUUUGAGAUGCGCUUUGCCAAGAUGCCAGAUGAGCCUGACUGCAAGCCGGUGGUCUCCGCCCCGACUCCUACACUUCACCAUCCUGCCCCGGUUAAGCCCCAGCCUCCUCUGGCACACGUCGCCUCGUCUUCAGACAGCUCCAGUGACUCAUCCUCUGAGUCUGAGUCGUCCACAGAUGACUCUGAGGAGGAACGGGCCCAGCGGUUAGCAGAGCUGCAGGAGCAGUUGAAGGCUGUCCACGAGCAGCUGGCUGCCCUGUCACAACCACAAGCCAGCAAACCAAAGAGAAAAGAAAAGGAGAAGAAGGAGAAGAAAAAAGAUAAGCAUAAGAAGAAAGGCAGCCUUCCGAGCCUCGUAGAUGAGAUCCAGGACGCCGCGCCUGUGGCACCGCUGUCCAAGAAAACCAAGACCGUAAACAGUAACAAAGAGAUGGUUACUAAGAAGAAAACCAGUAAAAAGGACGGACUGAAAAGUAAUAACCCUCCCAGUCUGCAGCUCGUUCCGAGCCUGGAGGACAACCUCGGCUCGACUGGGCCGUCGGUUCCCGGGGAGAAAUGCAAACCUAUGACUUACGAAGAGAAGAGGCAGCUAAGCCUGGACAUUAACAAGCUUCCUGGUGACAAGCUUGGCCGCGUAGUACAUAUUAUCCAGUCGCGGGAGCCCUCACUCAAAAACUCCAACCCCGAUGAGAUUGAGAUCGACUUUGAGACCCUGAAGCCUUCAACGCUGCGCGAACUGGAGAGAUACGUGUCGUCCUGCCUCAAGAAAAAGAAAAAGGUUCCAGCUGAGAAAACAAUCGAGUCUGUGGCGUCCUCCAAAAAGACUGUAUCAUCUUCUGAAAGCAGUGGCUCAAGCUCAGACAGUGAAGCCGAGGUAGCAGGAAUGAUAAAACAGCCGAAAAAGAAGAGCCAAUCUGUGAAAGAGUCGAAGAAGGCCCAUCCCCAUGUUCAUACGGGCUCUGCGCAGGCUGGGUUUCAGUCCCAGAGCGUCGUGUCUCAGGCCAGCGCUCAGAUGAAGCAACAGCAGCAUCAACCAUCCCCUGCAGCCUUCAUGGCUCCGCCACCUGUCACUGCUCUGGAGUCGUCCCACCUACUGGAAAGCUACGAGUCUUUGCCUCCCUUCAGCCAGCCCAUCAUGCAUAUGCCCCACCACGCAGGCAACUCCUCACCUCCACCCCCGCAUACAAAUGCUCAUUCUGCCGGAUCGGUGUCCCCUGAAACGCAUCCCUUCCUCAACCAGCAUCCGGUCCUCCCAUCUCCAGCUCUCCACAGUACUAUGCCUCAGCAGCCGUCUCGGCCCAGUCACAAGGCAGCGCCUCUUCAUCCAAAACCCCCUCAGCAGCAGACGGCUCCACCUCCGCCGCAGUCAGCGCUUCAGCCCCCGCCGCCGCCGCCGCCGCAGCAGCUCCAGCCUCAGCCGGCUCCCCAGCCUCAGCAUCAGCUUCCCUCUCAGAUUCUCCACACUCACCAGCCGCUGCACCAAAGGCCCAUGUCACCUCCCACCCUCACCCCUCAGGGUUUGCUGUCUUCCCAGCCUCCCCAGAUGCUGCUGGAAGACGACGAAGAGCCUGCGUCGACGACACCCAUGAACCAAGUGCAGUUAUUUCUACAUCAGUUCCAGCCGUCUCGUCCGCCCCAGCAGACCAUGCCGUCGCACCAGGCGCCAGUUCGCCAGCAGCAGCAGCAGCAGCUGGGACAGACUUCUCUCCUGCAGUCCGGGACAAUGCAGGGACAAUCCCAGCUCUCCACACAGACUUCACUGCCCCCUCCGCAGCUUUCUGUCCCAUCUCAAGCCCAGCCCGCUCCGCCACACCAGGCCCCGCCCCCACAGAUGCCCCUACACCAGGCCCGCCCCUUGCAAAGUACUCAACAUCAACAGCCGCAAACUCAGCAUCAGCUGAGCUACCCGCAGGGUCCAGGACUCGCCGUUCAGUCCCAGGCGUCACAGCACGGCAUUCCGAUGCCCACCAACAAAGCACAGAUCAUCCAGCAGCAGCAGGAGCAGCCCUCCCCUCGUCCAUCCAAACCCGACCCGUACAGUGCUGGGCACAUAAGAGAUAACCCGUCGCCUCUCAUGAUGCUUUCCCCACAAAUUCCCCAGUUUCCACCUGUUUCCCACCCGUCGCCGCCUCACAGCAUGCAACCCAAAAAGCAGAGGGCCUCUGGGAGCCAAGGCGCGGUUAAAGACGAAAAACUCCCUCCGUCCCCGGUCAUGAGAGGAGAGCCGUUUAAUUCUGCGCUGAGGACGGACCAUCACAAGCAUCCCGACAUCAAACCCAGUCAGACCGGCCCAAGUCAACAGAGUGUAAAGUCUGUGGAUACUUCACGGCAAGCCAUCCGCUCUUCUGAGCCCAGCGGGCCACCUCCCGCCCUGCAGGAAAAGGAGAAAUUCAAGCAGGAGCACAAGUCCUCCGCUGCUCCCAAAAAGGAUGUAAAGCUCAAAAAUAUGGGCUCGUGGGCGAGCCUGGCGCAUAAGCCAACGUCUACGACCCAGUCUGCAGUGAAGUCAUCCAGCGACAGUUUUGAGCAGUUCCGGCGUGCCGCCCGGGAGAAAGAGGAGCGAGAGAAGGCCCUGAAGGCCCAGGCAGAGGCGGAGAAAGACCGGCUGCGCAGAGAGCAGGACAAACAACGAGGGCGGGACGAAGAGGACGUCAUCGAGCCUCCUACCAGAAGAGUGCAUGAGGAGCCUCGUGGCCGCCUCGAGCCCCAGCACAUCCAAGCUCCUUCCCAACAACAACAGCAGCAGCAGCAGCAGCAGGUGCAGCAGGAAUCCCAGCCAGCUGCUAUUCAGCAGCCUCCUCAACCCCCUACACCACCGCAGCCCACCACACAGAACUCACUAGAUCAACAGAGGGAAAUGGCGCGCCGAAGGGAACAGGAGAGGAGGAGGAGGGAGGUGAUGGCUGCAACUAUUGACAUGAAUUUUCAAAGUGACUUGAUGGCCAUCUUUGAGGAAAACUUGUUUUGAGGAAAAGGAGGACAGGAGAUGAACAGCAAAAGAAGAUGGAGGCGGGCGGGGGGGGAGAGAAUAAAAAGCGAAUGAGUUAUAUGAGCAUCCUCUUGAAUGAAGUCCUGGUAACAAUGCAGUGCGGACCUUGUGCAUAACGUCACCAGCGCUGUCGAGACUGAAAACGAACGCUGGCUGGACAAGUGGCUGCGGCUCACUUUGGCCUGAACACACGGAGGAGACUCCCGUUGUUUUGGAUGUCAGUUUCUUGGGAGUCCAGCGUUGCUUGCCUGAUCUCUGGUUUGGGGGGGCGAGGGGGGGGGGAAGGACCUUUUCUUUGGCACAGUUGCCUUUGUCAGACUUGAUUCUCUCACUGUGUGUCGGCACAACCGAUACCGCAGGAGUAAAGUCCUCCCAGUUCUGGAGACGGUAAAAAAUGCUCUGAAAUACUGACAGACUGCGCAGAAGUAUUUUGAAACUGCCGGAUGUCUAAAAUAGUGAAGAAAAUUGUCUUUUAUGUUGUUUAUUUUGUGGUUAGUGAACACAUUUUUUUUUUUCUUUCUUUCUUUUUAUAUUUGGUGGGAAGGGGUGGGAGCAACUUCCAUACUGUAAAUCGUGUAUAUUUCUCAGCAGAGAAGGUACAGUUUGCCUUACAUCUCUUUCCUAAAUAGACAAGUAUGUUGUAUGGCCUGCACACAUGGACAAAAAAAACUAAUAACAUUUACAGACAGAAGCCGAAGCCGUGCAGACUUUUUUUCAUCAUCUUAGGAUCUACUGUAAAAAAAAAAAAAAAAAAAAAAAUAUUUUCUUAUGCUUCAAUAACUGUUUAUUUUGGAUCUGUCUGCUUUUCCACCUCGGUUCUUUUCACCUUUGCACCAACACACUCCAUCACCUAUGCCAAACAACAAUAUCUUUUAUGCUAAAUUACUUCUACUAAAGCAUUGUGUAGGUAGAUAGAGGGCAAAAGAACCCUGAAUAUAUGCAUUAUCAUAGCUCCAGUGAGUAUUUAUCAAAGAAAAGAUCAGUUUUCAUCUUGUAUUUGUCAUUUUCAAAACUACAAAAACUAGCUACGAGCCAGUUGUUUGGACUGUUCACGGCAGUCGCUGCUGGAUCAGAUGAGCCUCUUUUAUUGCCUUUUGAGGAUUCUGUUGUGACAAAAAAUCAGCGCUUGAAGUUAGAGAGAUUCAAUUAAGGGAAAAAAAGGACACAUUUACACCUUUUGUAGCCGAUACCUGAAGCAGGUUAGUUAGAAAAAAAAGAGCUAAUGGGACCAGACAGAGCUCCCGCUUUGAAUCAUCUUCCAAUUCACAACGGGCACUCUUGACAGCGUUUAAAAAAAGAAGAGAGAGAGAGAGAGAGAGACGAUUACAAAAGUUAAACAAGAAAAAAUGCUGAAAUAGGUUUGGAUUUCUAUUUGUUCUUGUUUGAUAAUAGUGGAUGUAAGUUCGAAUUCUGUUCCUGGAGACACUGUCGGAGCUGGGCUAAAAUCUGAACAUAUGUCGUCCUCUCUAAUUGUCUCUUAAAGUGUAUUUUCUUUUCUCCAGUGCCUGUAUCGUAUUGCAUUUUUUUUGUUGGCUUAUAUUACACUUUGAGGGGAUUUAGAAAACGGCACAUCAGGAGUGUGUGUGGGGGGGAUGGCGGGUGGGUGGGGUGUAAUAUUUAAAAGGGGGCAGGGAGGGCAGUGGGGUUUCUGACAGAGUUUGUGUUGGAAAAAAAAAAAAGAGUUAAAAACGGCAUUUUAUAUUUUACCCGUUGUCAAUAUUUCUGGUUUUAAAUUAAGUUUUAGCUGGGCUUCUUUAAGUGUAAACAUUUACCAACUACUUUCUCAUUGGGUUCUCUCGGCAGAUUUUAGCUAGAUGUGUUUCAGCGUUUCCACAUUAGCGUUUUUAAGUCUGGUCUGUACGUUUGAGUGUGUAAAUUUGGGGCGGCUGUGUGAAUGUGUUGAGUUUGAGUGUUUGUUUUUUUUCCCCCACCGUGUGGUGCAGAGAGGCAUGUUCCCAGAUGUAGAUAAACGUUCUGUUGACGGAGACUAAAAAGAUGAGCAGGAGAGGUUUAAUGCUUAAUUCACUUUUUUUUUUCUUUGAAGUCCCACCAUGUAUGAAUAUAUAAUGUUAUUAUUAGACCUUCUUUUUUUUUUUUUUUUUAAGUGUUAAAAAUAUUUUCAUUCCUUAUUGUUCUUUUUUCCCUCCCAAUGAUUACUGUUGGACAUGAUGUGCCAUGAGUUCUACAGAGAAUGUGCUGGCAAGCAGCUCAGCCCAGAAUUUGCUUUAUUCAGGUAUUUUAUUUUUGUGUUGCAUUUUGGAGGGGGGGGGGGCAUUGUUAUAACAUUUCCUCAGUUUUGUUUGGUAUGUGAGUGGUCUCGAGGUCUCUGAAUACGUAUGUUAUGAUCAUUGAAUAAACUCAUCUGUUUUAUAGAAAAUAAUACAAAAA